CUGCGGCCGCACACGUCCGAGUCGCUGCUGGUGCUGCGCGGCCUGGGCGUGCAGACGCGGUCGCAGGGGCCCGGGUACCUGUUCUCGUCGCGACUGCUGCCGUUUGGGCCCGCGGGCGGCAGUGGCGGUGGUGGCGGUGGCGGUGGUGGUGGUGGUGGGGGUGGUGGGCGUCGAUUCAUCCCCGUCGACAAGGUGCGCGACGUGCUCAUCAACGAGGCCUUUCUGGGCUUCGAGGUGCGCUACUAUCUGGUCAUUGUCGUCGAGGGCGAGGAGGAGCUGGUCGUUGUGUUCCCGCGCCUGCUGCCGGGCCGCCGCACCGUCGAGGCCGUCUGGCGUGGCGUCCGUGGGUGUCUGUACGAGCCUGAGCCGGGGCGCAGGGUGGACGGGAAGGGGUGA